UGGGAGCUCAGCAUCACCCUGCACCCCGCCACGGCGCAGGACCAGGACUCCCAGUACGUCCGCUUCACCCUGGGGCUCGCUGUGCCCCCGCAGUAUCCCAAUAAAGCUCCAGAAAUCUCAAUCAAGAACCCGCGGGGGCUGUCUGAUGAGCAAAUCCAAAAGGUUUUUCAAACCCUCAGAAGCGUUGCUGAAGCCAGGCUGGGGACAGAGGUGCUGUAUGAACUGAUAGAGAAGGGGAAGGAGAUUCUUACUGACAACAACAUUCCUCAUGGCCAGUGUGUGAUCUGCCUCUAUGGAUUCCAGGAGAGAGAAGCCUUCACAAAGACCCAGUGCUACCACUAUUUCCACUCCCACUGCCUGGCCCGCUAUGCCCAGCACAUGGAGGAAGAGAUCCUUAUGCAGCAGGAAGAGAGAGAGCAGCACCUGGCACUAUCCCCCAAACAGGAAGUCUGUGUGCAGUGCCCUGUGUGCCGGGAGACCUUGGUCUAUGACCUCAGUGCUCUGAAGGCAGCACCACCACCACAGCACCCGCUGGAGCCAUACAGGCCAGAUGCCAAGACACUACAGCACCAGGAAGAACUGCGCUUAAUUUUCAAGAGACAGCAAGAGAAAGGGGGCAUCAUUGACCCUGAAGCAGAGAGGAACCGUUACUUCAUCAGCCUCCAGGCGCCUCCAGCUGCUGUCAGUGCAGGCCAAGCAGGUGCUGCUCCUGAGCUGCAAGUGAGAGCAAGCACUGUGGAUGUGCCCCAGCCACCCAGCCAAGCCUCAGCUCCAGAGCCAGCCAGGGUACCAGAGACCAGGGCAGAACCCAGGCGGCCCGAGAAGCCUGCUGAGCUCAGAGAGCAACAGUGCAAGAGGGAGAGGCACAGAGGGGAGAGGCCAGGCCCCAGAGGCCGGGGCAGGCAGUCAUGCAGUGGCAUGCGGGAACCAGCAGAAGCAGCAGGUCAUCUGCUCCAUGGUUCCAGGGGGCCCAGGAGCUUCAGCCACAGACCAGAGCGGCGACCUGGUGGGAAGCACAGCCAGGAGUUAACAAAGCCUCACAGCAGAAGCAGGGCUGCUGCCUUGGCUGAAGGCAAGGAGUUGUGCCCUGAAGGCCCCACACCAGUAACAGAGGCAGUGGACUUGAAAGAGGAGCACCGUGAUGUGGAGAGGUGGACCCCAGAGGAGGGGACCGAGGCCCAGGCCAGGGAGAAGGAGAAACUGGUGUUCAACCACAUCGACCAGAGAGCAGCUCCCAGCCAGCAAGGCCACCACAGGUCCUGGGAUUGUGGAAGGUGGGAGAGGUCCAGAGCCCAGGAGCAUGGUUCCUACCCCAGAGUGCCAAGAGGACGAGGGACACUUAGGCCCAGAGGACAACAAGAAGCCCAGCUUGAGAAGGAGAGUGGCUCCUAG